AUGCGAACGUGGGCCACUGAUCGUGCGUUGUUUCCUCCGGCGGUGAUCAUGCCAGUGUGUGACUUUGUAAGAAGCUUAAAGAGUGGCAACUUUAUCAAAUUUUUUCGCACCUUCCGACAGUUGAAACCGAUCGAACGAUUUGCCGGUGCCUUGAACAUUGGAAUCAUGAGGAGCACGCUUUGUGAAGUGUGCCGCAAAGCGUUUCACUCUAGAAAUGGCACUCUUCCGGUAGCGUUGCUCGAACGUUGGUUGAACACAUCUGCCGACCAUGUUCAGAAGAUUUUUUCUGAGAAGGGUUUUCAAGUUAUCGACGGAAAGGUCUUUUUUCAUCCACCACCUGAACCAUAUCCAGAGCAAUUCACUGUGUCUGUCAAGCUGAAGCCUUACAUGUAUUUUCAUGAAAUGCUCUGUAUAAACAGUUUUGCCGAACUUAUAAAAAAGCUGCGCAUUCUGCGCAUAUCUUGA